CAGCAACCCGGCAACGCAGUAGAGAUGGCUCCUUUGACGCAAAACGCCGGCGGCAUGGCCCGCGAGGACCCCAACGCAAUCCGCAACGAGUGCCGUGACAUCAGCAACAGCGUCCGUCAAGUCGAAAGCAACCUUGAACAGAUCAAAGUUCUUCAGUCCCGAGUCCUCAGCGAUGUCGACAGCUCCUCGUCCAGCCAAUCCAACCGCCAAUUGGAUGCCCUGACCACCGAGACCAUGGCCACCUACCGCGCUCUCGCCGACCGAGUGCGUGCCGUCAAGUCCAAGCCCGAAGGCCGAAGUGCUAUGAACAGCGGCCACGUGGACCGAGUCGAUCGAGAGGUCAAGGCCGUCAUCACCAAGUACCAGACUGUCGAAUCCGAGUUCCAGGCCGCCGUCAAGCAACAGAUGGGCCGCCAGUACCGUAUUGUCCGCCCCGAGGCUACGGAAGAGGAGGUCCAGGCUGCAGUUGACGGCACCGGCAACAGCCAGAUCUUCAGCCAGGCUCUGAUGCAGAGCGACAGACAGGGCCGUGCUCGUGCGGCACUGAGCGCCGUCCAGGACCGCCACAAGGAGCUGCUCAAGAUUGAGCAGCAGAUGACGGAGCUGUUCCAGCUGAUGCAGGAUCUCGACACUCUCGUCGUCCAGCAGGAUGCCGCCAUUGUGCAGAUUGAGCAGAAGGGUGAGGAGAUUGUCGAUAACCUCGAUAAGGGUAACGAGGAGAUUGCGGUGGCCGUUACAACUGCCAGAGCUACCCGCAAGAAGAAGUGGAUCUGCCUUGGUAUUGUUGGUAUGUUGGUU